AUGCUCGUGCAUAAGAUAAUCCUUGCGACCCUUGUAAACCUCAUCUCAGCCAAUGGAAUAGGAGGCUAUGGCGCUGUCGGUGGUUUCAAUGCUGGCGGCAAUGGUGGAGCAAGCAUGGCUACUGACUUCAAUCCCCUCCUCCUACAAGGAGUCCGAGGUUUCCCCGGGAUACGACUUCGGCUCAAACAACGAGGGUUUGAAUAUGUCAGCGGAUUAAUCGGUGAUGUGCUGAACAGGGAGAUCACAAACUUCAAAAUUCCUCGAAUUACGCUAUGCCUCACACAGGUCAGAGGAUGUAUCGAAAUCUAUAACCUUUACAUUUCGCGCUUUCGCAGCCCAGAACGAAUUGUCGUCUAUCCAGCACCACCGAACAGGCUUACUCUAGAAGUACAGAACGUAGAUAUCGGAAUCACUGCCAAUCUUGGUGGGCAUAUCACAAUCCUCACAUCACCCUUUACCUUAUCAGGUAUAGUACAAGGAAACGUUUAUCGGGCAUCUAUAUCCGUAGAGGUGUCUAUCGAAAGAGGUCCACGUGGCCCGUAUCUCCGACUUGUGAAUUGUAAUCUCCGUAUUGGCUAUAUCGAUGCCUACAAUGAGUAUGGUGGCUCAAUUGGAAAUCUUGCUAACUCACUACUUAGGCCAGCUAUCUCAAAAGUACUUCGAAAAAUGACUCCUCGUCAGAUCUGCUCACGGCUACCCAGUAUAAUUGAUGAGAGACUGAACGCUAGGUUGCCAGGUCUAAUACCACAAACCUUGGCGGCUGCACGUAUUUUCAAUUUAUUUGGCUCAGCUUUGGGACUCGGAGGACCAAGGCCUAGUCCCGAAUAUUGCCGAACUUAUUGCCAGUCAAGCGUCAAUGCAACCGCAAAGCUUCCAAGCUCACAAGAUCUCCAGUCUGUGGACACUAGGAGAUUUGCACUGGCAAGAGGAGUGCGGCAACGGCAUUACCAUCGGCGCUACCACGCCCGUCAGCUCAUCCCAACCAGUCGGGCCAAACGCGAACUGGCACAAAUAUAUCUUCUCAGCAAUGGUAACGUUGUACCAAGCGGUGUUGCAAGAGUUGUAAGAUUUGAUGGAAGCACCAAUGGUUAUGGUCAGCUGCCGCCCUGCUCAGCUGCAGUGGGAGGAUUUCAAGCGCAACAAGGCAUCGGUGGAGGUUACAUGGGACCUUCGAUACCUAGUGCCCAGCAACCGGCUGAUCUAUGUGCUAAAUGUCCAGGUGCAGGUGGGGGCGGUGAACUCUUGGGUCUUAUAACCGAACAACUCGACAUGAGCAAACUCAAUGAUUUAUAUCUCUCGAUCCAACUACUAAAUACUCAAGCAACCACAAACGAUUUCAUAUUUGAUCUCAGUGGCGAAUUUAGUCCAAAUGCUCAAGCAAUAACACCAUUCGGAGCUUUCCCCGUCGCAUUCCCCCCACUUUAUGACAAUCAUAUGGUCGAAAUCAUUCUUUCUGAUUAUACGAUCAACUCACUUCUAUACUGGUUACAUAGGAAGCAAUUUCUUUCCCUUCACGUUGGUCCGAAAACUCCUGCAAUUGGAAACUUUCUAAAAACAACAUGCGAGGAGGAAGAGGAAUCUGAGGUAAAAAAGAGGGCACGUAUACGAGCGUCAAAAAAGACUUUGCGACGAACAAAACAUGCUGCGCCCAAUCGAAUCGUGUUGACUCUGAAAGCGAGAGGAAAAGGAAAGAGACAAGGCGGUCUAGAAGAUUUGGAAGGAUUAGGAAUAUGCUUGGGUUUCCUAAUGCCAGCACUCAGGGAUAAGCAUCCAAAUAAAAACCUUUCUAUACAUAUCCACACAGCGCGAGCACCGUCAAUCAUCUUCAGCGCCGCUCAAGGAGGCAAGUUGACACUUGAUCUCGUCUUGGAUGCAGACAUCUAUAUAGAUGGAACUGAUAAUCGGGUAGCUACCGUCACGAUUGCAGCCACUGCAGAUCUGCUAUUGAAAUUGCGAGGUGACCAGCUAAGCGGAUCAGUCGAAAUCAAGAGUUUCAAGAUGACGGACAAGGGUGGAAAAACAGGAAUGAAUGAGGAAAGCUUGGGAAAUAUAAUCAAAAAUGCAGUACAGACGAUGGCGAAUAAUGCACUGCAGAAGGGUGUCAACAUAAAGAUUUCUUCAGGUGGAUUAGGAGGUCUUCCGAUCAACAUUAUUAACCCAGAAAUCCAUAUCAUAGAGCAUGGACUGCACAUUGGUACUGAUAUAUCCGUUUCCCCAUCACUUCUAGGCGGUGGAGGAGGCGGAUGUUGGUACCUAAGUUAGAUAGUCAGUAAAAAAUAAACUUGAAAGAAACCAUGAUGUUUUUGAUUUCCCUCUCUGGAUAACCACAAUAACGAUGUCUGCCACAAUAUUGUCCAU